UAAGUCUGCUGAUUAGGUAAACGUGAGACAUCUGGUCAUUGUUUUCAGAAAUGGAGUAGGGUACGGUAGUGAACAACUUAAGCCAGUGCACUGCACAGCUGAACUUAUUGUCAUUACAGCAAAUGUGAAUGGAGAAGAAAUGCGCUCCCCCACAAAAGACACAAUUGGGGGGUUGGUGUCCGGCUACUUUCCAAAUACUUUGAAGCUUAAAUAUAAUUCACCUAACGGGUUUUCACAAGUCAUUCAGGUGUGUCGCUCUUGAGCCAGCAACCUACCAUUGCCUCUGGCUAUGUGUUUUCGUUUUAUGGUUUUUCACACAACCUACAUAAAAGGUAACGCUGGUGCGUAAAGCUGUGCCUUACGAAAGACACCGAGUCCUGCGUGAUUAGAACUAGACGGACAAGCAAGUUCAUCUUUGUUAAUCGAAAAGCAAGGCAAUCACUGGGUAGGUCUGAACCUGUGCUGGGUAUAAUGACGUUUCUCUAACCCGGAAAUAGCAAACAGCUGAACGAAGUAAUCGCACUCGCUGAGCUUAGCGUGGUACAUGAAAGCCUAUUUUACAUCGUUUCACCAGCAAAGAUUCUGAGCGUCGCGGGAUAGACUGACCUCGGCCGAGCGCCAGGCAGGGCCUUGCUCCUCACACCUCCAGAGUCUGCCUGCUGGUACCUUGACAUGGGGAACCUCCUGAAAGUUUUGACGUGCACAGACCUAGAGCAGGAGCCAAAUUUCUUCCUCGAUUUUGAAAAUGCCCAGCCCACAGAGGCGGAGCGUGAGGUGUGGGAGCAGGUGGAUGUGGUACUAAAGGACGCCUGUACCAUCCUGGAUGAACUGCAGGCCUACAAGGGAGCCGGACAGGAGAUACGAGAGGCCAUCUCGAACCCCAAUGAUGAGUCCCUGCAGGAGAAGGCCUGGGCCGCAGUGGUGCCCCUGGUGGGCAGACUCAAGAAGUUCUACGAGUUCUCACAGAGAUUAGAGGCGGCGCUCCACAGUCUAUUGCGGGCGUUGACGAGUGAGACGUACGACGACCCCACGCAGCACCUGGAGCGAGAGCAGGCGCUGGCCAAGCAGUUUGCAGAGAUCCUGCACUUCACCCUGCGCUUCGACGAACUCAAGAUGACGAAUCCUGCCAUCCAGAAUGACUUCAGCUACUACAGGAGAACCCUCAACCGCAUGAGGAUCAACAACGUCCCUGCCGAGGGAGAAAACGAAGUCAACAACGAGUUGGCCAAUAGGAUAUCUCUGUUCUACGCGGACGCCACGCCCAUGCUCAAGACCCUAAGUGACGGCACCACGAAAUUUGUGUCCGAGAACAAGAACCUGCCGAUCGAGAACACCACGGACGUGCUCAGCACCAUGGCCAGCGUCUGCAAAGUCAUGCUGGAGACACCUGAGUACCGCAGCCGCUUCACCAGUGAGGACACAGUGUCUUUCUGCCUGCGGGUCAUGGUGGGCGUCAUCAUCCUCUACGACUACGUGCAUCCCGUAGGGGCCUUCGCCAAAUCCUCCAAGAUCGACAUGAAAGGAUGCAUCAAGGUUCUCCGUGACCAGCCUCCCAACAGCGUAGAAGGCCUUCUUAACGCUCUCAGGUACACCACAAAGCAUCUGAAUGACGAGUCGACCAACAAGGCCAUCAAAGCCAUGCUGCAGUGAAAACCAACCUCUGGGAUCCACCACCUCCUCCUCCUCUCUUCUGCAACCCCCCCCCCCCCCCCCCUUG